AUGUCUGCGGCAGAGCUGUUCCAAGAGGUCACACUCUCCCGGGAACCUGCUAUGUUCAGACCAAGACCGUCAUCUGAAAGGACCCAGGAUAUUUCCCAUUUGCUGACAAGUCUAUUUAAAGACUUAUAUACUGGUGAAGUCAUUGGAAAAGACACUGGAUCCAACCUGAUACGGUCCAAAGGAGGAGACCCUUACCACCAGAAGUUUGUGGAAGAUCUGCAGAGGAUACGCAGUGAGUAUGACCAGCGUAUGGCUGCGGCUGACAUGGUAGAGAAACACAUAAUCGAGGCUCGAGCACGAGCUACUGCAGAAGAAGAAAGAGAGCUAAACGCACUGAAAACAGAAGCAGGAGACAAAUUUCAUAACCUUGGGUUGCCCCCAGUUGAUUCAUACUUCAGAUGGUGUGUGGACAAUGAUAUUAUAAGGAAGUGUAAACUGGUUUGUCCUGAAGAUUAUAUAACUGACACAUGUCCGGUCACCAAAAGCGCCAGAAGAAAUUCUGAUCAUACUUUGUUCAAAAGAGACAUUAGUUUUCAUAAGCAUGUUUCAAAGAGUCCAGUAGAUGAUGGAUACACAGAAUAUCCAUCUCCAGAAGGACCGCUGAACAAUUUUGUAGAAUCUUCUAUAACCAACUUAACGUUGUCAUCAACUGAAGAGAUGGAAGACCAGAGAAAGAAGAAAUCAAGAAAGAAAUCAACACAACUAAAGAAGAAGCAGGAGGCUACUGUACGAGCUAGUGAGAAGGAAGUCGUACUGCUGGCUCAGCUAGAAAACCGACACAGCUUCCUAAAGAAUCCACGCUUUUUCCCACCAAACAGCGUUCCUGGGGGUUUAUGCAGUGCCCUGUUACAGCUUGCACCCAUAUUAUACACUGUGUGUGCUGGACUUUCCUUUAUUUUCACACUAGCAGUUGCAGGAAAUAAUGAUGCAGUAUCUGCUGCAGUGAUCACAGUAGUGGCCGGUCAUUGUGGAAGUGAGGACAUGCAAGGGAUGUGGACAGGACUGUGGAAUCCGCAUGAGCCAGUGCCCGUGUUUCUUGCUAAUCCACCCGUCAUUUUCUUUCCAGACUAUGAGGUUGGACAGAUCUAUGAGACGACCGUAGAACUGAGGAAUAUGACUGCGUCCAGUCGUCAUGUUAGAGUCAUCCCUCCAUCUACUCCAUAUUUCUCCAUUGGCCUGGGGAAAUUCCCUGGGCCUGGAGGGAUUGUGGCUCCUGGUAUGAGCUGUCAUUACACAGUGCGAUUUAUCCCUGACUGUCUUGCGGAUUUUGAGGAUUUUAUCCUGGUGGAGUCUCAAGCACCAUAUCCUGUCCUUAUACCUAUUGAAGCUAGACGCCAACCACCAAUAUUAACACUACCAGAUUCUUUGGACUGUGGACCAUGCUUAAUUGGAGGAGUGAAGCUUCUGGAGUUUAUAUGCAGAAAUGAAGGACUAAGUCGUGGAAGGUUCUGUAUGAUGCCCAAAAGUGCCUGGCCCCCAGCAAAUUUUAGGAGUGUAGCUACCACAGGGUUUGUGGAACAAGCACCAUUUGGAAUUCGUCCUGCUGUUUUUGAAUUAUAUCCUGGCCAAGAAACUGUUAUCGAGGUUGUUUUUUUCCCAAAUUCUCCUGAAACGUUCACCCAAGUUUUUACCAUUGUGUGUGAUAACUGUCAAGUCAAGGAUGUGACAAUAACAGGACUUGGACAACUUGUUGGUCUUGAGCUGGUGUCUGUGAGUCAUGGUUUAGAGAACAGACCUAUGCUUUUGGGAACUUCAGAUGUAGCUACAGGUCAUUUGAUCCAGUUUGGUCCAGCAAAUGUGUGUUCCACAGUACAGAAAUGUGUUACUAUAAGAAACGCCACACACGUGGAACUCCCUUUUUAUUGGCAGAUAAUGAAACCUGAUUCACAAGACUCAUUACUAGAAGAACAGGAACACGAGACAAUCAAACUAUUCCCAGACACAAACACAGCAUUUACCUUAAGUCCUGCAGAAGGCGUUCUUCGCCCGUAUCAUGACCAUAUUUUCACAGUAACUUAUAGUCCCACGGAGCUGAAGGAUUAUCACAAUAUUGCUCAUAUGAUAUUAAGAAACAUCCCUGAACCUCCCAGUGCAGGAAAGCAGCCAAAAAACCUUGCAGAAUUAGACCUUAUGAUUUCUGAUGUUAUUGUUAUGGACCUGGAUUUGAGAGGAGCCACUGAGCCAUUUAAUAUACUAUUGGAGCCAUAUGCCAUCUUCUUUCCUGGAGAAAAUUUCAUUAAUACAACUAUGAGAAAACAGUUUAAGAUGUGGAAUAACAGCAUAAAUUGUGUUCAUUAUACGUGGGAAAAUAUUGCAUCUGGUCACAUCAUUCAGAUUGAGCCCAGCACUGGAUACAUCGAGCCAAAUACAUUCUGUGAAUUUGAGUUGUGCGUCACUGGAGGUCAGAGUGGAUUUAUCAGCCAGAAAGUAAACUGUUAUAUCCGACAUUCCCCAGAGCCAAUUGUGUUACAUAUGGAAGCUACUUUUAAGGGGCCAGUUGUUUCUAUGGAAGUUCCAUCACUUGACUUUGGCCUGAUAAAGCUGGGUAAUAAAUCUAUCAGUGUAUUCACAAUUCAAAACAAGAGUCCAUUGCCAGCAAAUUGGAGUAUGUACGAGAGCAGAGCCUGCCUUGCAGAGACACACAGAGAGGUGUCACAGUUAUUUGUCCAUCCAGACAGCGGCAAGUUGCCACCCUUGGGCUCUGCCACGGUGUCUGUCAUAUUUCAGCCAUUGGUUUGUCAGAGGCUGCAGACAGUGUUGGAUCUGGAAAUAGAACAAGGAGAAAGGAGCCAUCUGCCUGUGACGGCCGACGUACAGAUACCCCAGGUGUGCCUGCUGUGUGCUGUCCUCCAGUUUACUGAUGUCUAUGUUGAUGUCCCAACUCAAUCAACUGUAAAGAUAUUUAACCAAGGAAAGCUGCCAGCAAAGUUUUCCUGGGGAGAGCUGCUUGGAGCUCACUCUAAUUCCUGCUCAGCCUCUAUAACCCCUGCAAGUGGCAUGUUGGGACCAAAUGAAGAGGCAGAGCUGUGUGUACAUCUGACCGCACACACACUGGAUGAGUUAAGUGAUAUUUCCCUCUGCUGCACUGUUGAAGACAUGAAGGAACCUCUAGUACUGAAUAUGAGAGUAAAAGCCAAUGGACUACACGUCUCCUACUGUGUGCCUGGUGAAGAAGAGAAGUUCAACCAGUUGUGCCCUUCCUCAGGACAGGAACUGCUGCUGGAUUUCGGAUCAGAGGUUUUGCUAAAUAGCACAGUACAACGGAAACUGAUUAUCACAAAUCAUUCUGGAAUUCCAGCCCCAUUUUCAUUGGAGGCUGCUUAUUUUACUGGGUCCUCUGGUCAAAGAGUGCAUGAAAACAAAAGUUCUACAAGAUCACUGAUACAUAAGUCUUCUCGAUUCACAGCCCAGGCAGCUAACAAGGCCCAAGCAGAAUAUAAAUCUUCAGUACUCGCACAUGGCAAGGGCGCAGCAUUUAUUCCUCAGCCUGCAUCUGGGACCCUAGGAGCUUUCCAGAGGUUGGAAAUCAGAGUCUCUGCUUAUAGCAACAUGUGGGGAGUGUACAGUGAUGAGCUGGUUUGUAGGGUUGGUAACCUCAAACCUAAAAGAAUUCCCAUCAAGAUGACUGUUGUCGGUUGCCCAAUUUAUUUCCAAAUGACAGGUCCAAGGGCGGAUCGGCAGACACAAGGGCCUAUAAUAAGGUUUGGCACUCAUGUAUCUGGCGGAGACACCAUAUCCCGGUAUUUGCGGAUAAAUAAUACAAGCCCUUGUGAUAUUCGUAUAGACUGGGAGACCUACAAUAAGGAAAAAGACUCCAAGCUUCUGGACCUUGUAGUGUUGUACGGAGAACCAUUUCCAUUAAAAGACAUUGAUGGAAAUGAAAUUGAUGAAUCUAGGAUGGAUUUGCAAGACAGCAAAGAUUCAUCUGAAAACUGGGAUAAAAUCCCCAGUACAUCAGGGACCAGGUCAACUGUGCUGAGCCGGACUAAUAAUGUAAAAAAUGUGGACCAGAGUGAAGAUGAUGAUGAAGAAGAAGAAAGUAAAGAUGAGAGUCGAAGUGAAAGUUUAUUAAGUCCUGAAAAUAAAUUGAUCUCCGUCAUUCUGCGAACCCAUGAUGGCAUUGCCUCAGAUUACCCAUACUGCAUCACUCCAAGACAGACAAUUGUUCCUGCUGGUGGCAGUUGCUCCAUUCAUGUGUCCUUCACCCCGUUGAUGUUGUCUGGGGUCACUAAUAAGGUUGAAUGCAGCGGUUACGCUUUGGGCUUCAUGAGCUUAGAUGAUAAGUUUGCACAGUUGGUUUCUGGGAAAGUGAAGCGCCCGAAUGGGUAUGGAGUGGAGCCAAUAAGAGUGGAACUCCAGUCAUUUGUGAAGCCAGCUCUGCUAACCGUGGAAGUGGAAGGCGAUGACAGUGAGGGUCUGGUGUUUUAUACUGCAGCAAGUGACCUGAUACCUAACGGGCAGACAUCUCAAAUUUUGACAGAGUUGGCCACUACUCGAAACCUGAAGCUUAUAAACUCUACAGAGACUCCUCUAUAUUUCCGCCUGCUGUUAUCAAAACCUUUCUCUGUGUCUACUGUUGAUCUAAACAAGAGCAUCAAGACAUCCCAUAGUGAUCGUGAAGAACAGGGGGAUGAGCUGGUGCUUUAUCCACAGCAAAACCUACUGGUAAAAGUCUCAUUCUGUACGACACUGGAAUUGCUGACAUAUCAGCGUCUGCCGGCUGAACAGAUGCUGCCUGGGGUUCAGCUUCUACACUCUGAGACUGGAGAAAGGAAACUGCGUUUUACUCAGAAUCUAGUUAUUGAAUACAGUAAUAAAGGUACCCAGCACGUGCCCCUUCAAGCAUACAUCACAGUCCCGGUCUUACAGCUGUCCUGCCAGACUGUUGACUUUGGUACUUGCUUUGUGGGACAAACCAAAUCCCAAGAGGUCUGCUUGUUGAAUAAAAGUGGAUCAAGAAGCUAUUGGAUGGCAUUGCUGGACAAAGAAGAGCGACACAGUGACCAGGAGAUAUUUUCCAUUUCACCCAGCAGCGGAAUUCUUGGUGCACAUCUGAACCUUACCUCUGCCAGCAAAGAAUCUAUACAAAUCACAUUCACUGCAAGGACCAGUACAGAGUAUGAGACCACUGUAGUCAUUCAUGGACUACUGGGAGAGGAACCCCUGGAACUUAAAUUAAAAGGAUGCGGCUCUAAUGAUGAAAGAUAUGAAGCUUUACACAGUGAUUAGACCAGAGAUACCUUUGUUUAAUGUACAAAAUAUAUUAAAUUAUUUUAUACCUUGUGACCCAUCAUUUACCUUUUCAAAUCUAUUUGUCAUAUUCAAUCAGAGCACUAAAAUAAAACAAUAAAAUGAUAUACAUCAAUCAUAUACAAAAUAUGUAAAAAAACACACAGAUCAUUUAAUGGCAUUAGAGAUCCCCAGAAGCAGAAAGUUCACAUAGGGCUUUACCUGGCAACAUCCAAGAAGAUAUGAUAAAUAUGCUUAAGGUUUUUCUAGAAAUAUGACCCAGAACUGCUCUGAAAUAAAAAAAAUUCUGCUAACAAA